GUGUUUCGGAUGCUACUUCUCCUAGAUUAUUUCUGAAAUUGUAAGACCUGCUAACUAUAAAAACACUUACCCUCCCACCAAAUUUUUUGCCACAGCCUCUUGAUCUAUAUAUAUCAUUUGCCACCAAUGGAGAGUUUAUGGCCACUGUUUGCAUUAGUAUAUGUAGCUCUACUAACCUUCCUCUCGAAAAUCAUCUAUAAACGAUGCCCGGAACGAAAACUUCCACCAGGUCCCAAGCCAUGGCCGAUAAUUGGCAAUUUGAACCUCAUUGGUUCUCUCCCACAUCAAUCCCUACACCUUUUAUCCCAAAAGUAUGGUGAGAUUAUGCAACUAAAGUUCGGGAAAUUCCCAGUUGUGGUUGCAUCAUCGCCUGAGAUGGCUAAGCAGUUCCUAAAGGUACAUGAUAUGGCCUUUGCCGGCAGGCCAGCACUUGCUGCUGGUAAAUACACUGGCUUCAAUUACUCAGACAUGGCAUGGGCUUCUUACGGCCCGUUCUGGCGACAAGCACGUAAAAUUUUUCUCAUUCAGGUGUUCAGUGCCAAAAAACUCGAAUCGUUUGAGGAUAUUCGUGUUGAGAAGAGGCGUAAUUUCUUCUCUCGUCUACAUUCCCUAUCAGGGAAGCCGGUUGUGCUUAAAGACCAUUUAUUCCGUCAUACGCUUUCCACUAUGAGUAGGAUGGUAUUAGGCAGCAAAUACUUUAGCGAAUCAGAAGAUGAUAAGUCCUCCAUAGUAAAGCUGGAUGACUUGCAAGCGAUGCUGGACGAGUGGUUUUUGCUCAAUGGGGUGUUCAAUAUCGGGGACUGGAUACCAUGGCUAAGUUUUCUUGAUCUACAGGGAUAUGUUAAGAGAAUGAAGGCUCUAUACAAGAGAUAUGACAAGUUCCACAACUAUGUGAUUGAUGAUCAUCAAACUAGAAGAGCAAAAGACAAAGAUUCUAUCCCCCGAGACGUGGUAGACGUGUUAUUGCAGCAGGCUGAGGAUCCUGAUCUUGACGUCAAGCUCACAAGGGAUCAUAUCAAGGGAUUAUUACAUAAUCUACUAGCUGGAGGCACAGAUACCGCGGCUGCCACAAUCGAAUGGGCUAUCCAUGAUAUUCUGAAAAAUCCUCGCGUAAUUGGAAAGGCAAAAGAAGAGCUCGACAGAGUUAUCGGAAGAAACAGAUGGGUCGAAGAGGACGACUUCUCAAGAUUGCCAUACAUCGAUGCUAUUAUCAUGGAGUCGAUGAGGUUACAUCCACUGGGGACAUUUUUAAUCCCCCAUAGCGCCAUGGAGGACUGCAAAGUUGCAGGAUAUGAUAUAUCAAAGGGAACAAUGAUCCUCAUCAACACAUGGAGCAUAGGGAGAGACCCUAACUCAUGGGAUGCACCCGAAGAAUUCUUGCCAGAGAGGUUUUUGGGCAAAGCAAUCGAUAUUACGGGAAGUAACUUUGCCCUCUUGCCGUUCUCGGACUUAAGAUGGUUCGGACAAUGCUGGCUAAUUUGCUGCAUGGAUUUAAUCUGAAGUUGGUUGAUGACAUGAGGCCUGAAGAUGUAUGCAUGGAAGAAUCGUAUGGACUUACUACACACUGCCAGACAACUUUUACUGAACUCGUACUGUUUGAAAAAUAAAUGUCGUCAAGAUAAUCUUGAUGCAAGUAGCACUAUUGUUCAAUAGAGUUGAUGUACUUUUUCCACCCUUUGAUCAGGUAAUAAUCGUUCUAUAUUAAAUAAAGAAAUAUGUCGUAAACAAGAAGUCAUUGAAUGGUAAGAAUA